AUGCGUGCUUUCUUGGUACUUUGUUUUGUUGCUGUCGCUUAUGCUGCACCGCAAUAUAAUUAUCAACAACCAGCUGCAGCUCCGGCUCCAGCAGCAUCAUUUGCAGCACCAGUACAGGGUUUCAGCUCGGGGGUAGCUGGACAUGCUGUAGCUCCAGCUGUUCAUGGUGCUACUGGAGGUCAUAGACAAGCUGGACCAGCUGUAUGGAAUAAGCAAUACUUUAUUCAUUCUGCUCCUGAAGAUGAUGGUUCAGAUGCAUCUGGAUCAAAUUUGGAUCAAUCAUCAAUAAGAAGAAAUUUACGUGUUGUUAUUGUUAAAGCACCAGAAAAUAAAGGCCUUACAGAUGCCGCUUUACAACUUGCUAAAUCAGCUAGUGAAGACAAAACAGCUAUUUACAUUCUCAACAAACAAACCGAUUUGGGUGACUUACAAAACAGACUUGGACAAUUACAAGAUGUUCAUGGUAACAAACCAGAAGUACACUUCGUUAAAUACAGAACACCUGAAGAAGCACAAGUUGCCCAACAAUCCAUUCAAAGCCAAUAUGAUCAACAAUAUCAAGGACCAACUCAAGUUAGUAAUGAAGGUGUGGCCCCAGUUGAAAAUUACGUUGGAUCUGCAGGAGGUUCUAAUGGUGGUUUUGCUGGUGCUGGUGGUUUUGGUGGGGCUAGUGGUUUUGGUGGAGCCGGAUCAAGCGGUGGAUUUGAAAGUGCUGGAUCUCAGCAAUCAUUCCCAUCAGUUAGCAACCAAUAUUUACCAGCGGGACGCGUCUAA